AUGAACUCCCACCUUAAUAACACGGGUGACAACCAAGAACUGAAACACCCUCCACAUUUCAAAAACGUAUUCUCAAGUAAGGAUUCUAGCCCGGUUGGUGCUCCUGAACAAGAUACGGAUGCCAUGGAGGUAGUCGAGAACAGAAGGCCGUCUGUCGUGGUGCCCACUAAUCUGGACGCCUCCAUGCUGAACACGCCUUCGACGACCGCACAACCGCACAAUGAAUCUAAUGUUACUUUUACAUCUCAGAUGCCUUCAACAUCCGAGAUAAGUUCUUCGUCGACUGAAAACCUUCUUUCGCCGCCCUCGUCCAUAGACAUUCCCCAUCGGUCAAGAUCAUCCUCUAAGACUUCAAAGAGACUUAGAAGAAAAAGAUCCAAGUUUUACAAAGGAGCGGCUUCCCAACGAUCCACCUCACCCGCUUUGCUCACAAAUAAUUUGCCCAUAUCCAAGAGAUUCAGAUCGCGGUCUCUUCCAAAUAUUUGGAUCCCCUCACACAAGCAAACCAAGCUGCUCAUUGACGAUUUACAGCAAAGGCAACCUUCUGAAAAGGUUCCUGUCCCUCCGGUCAAUCUCCAAUCGAUGCACGAGAUCGAUCUUCACGAGAUCCUGAAAAAUCCGCAACUGCGGCAUGACAUCUUAUUUGAGCCCCAAUUACAGUUUAGACCUAACCUUGAUGGCGAACGUGGCAAACGGAAACGGAUGCAAGGCGACAGAUAUUGGUCAGCCGUCAAAGCCGAAAUCCGUCAUUUGAUGAGCUCGGAAAAUCUUAUCGCAGACAACUCGAUCAUCGUUGUUAUGUUCCAGACGCUGAAGGAUAUCCUGUUGAGUUUGUUGCCUUCCAAAGAUAAGGCCAAUGUUGAAGAGAUUAUGGAUAUAUCUCUUUUGGUUCAGGAGCUGAACUCCAAAUGUUUCAAUUUCAUCAAGUUUUCGAACUGGAUCUCCACUAUAUUCAAAAUGCACUGUGCACCAAUGAGAGACUCCUGGGUGGACGAAAUGAACUCCAUAUUCGAAAAGGCUUGCUCCACUUCCCCAAUAAACGUAGACCAAAUUGUCGAGGGGCUUCAUGUUCUUUUCUCUAUCCUCGAGGCUAUGAAACUUGAUGUUGCCAAUCAUCAGAUUCGCAUUCUUAGACCGCUACUUUGCUCGACUGCAGUGGCUUUCGAAAAAGAAUAUUUUCAAACCAUCAUUAGAAAGAACAAAAUCAACCUUAACGGAAGUUUGGACUGGUACAGAAAGUCCAAACAACGUUGCAAUGGCGCAGAAAGCAUACAGCAAGUUCUUAGUUACGGAAUUUUGAACUUGCUUUCGUGCUCCCAUAUGUGCUCAGAAUUCCCUGACACACUCACCUUUGACCACUCAAGAUUGGUGAUUUUGAGAGCCGAUAUUCGUCAACUAAUUUGCAUCAAGAUUUGCCUAAUUCUCUACCAAAAUCUUGUGACCUCCCAUAGGUUGUCCACCGCCGAAUAUUGUUCCGCAGACAAGUUGCAGCAGCUGAAGAAGGAAAUCUUAAGCAUUAUUGUUGACGAGAACGGAAACUCCAAGUGGACAAGAAAUCUCAACAACCUUGCUGUGCACUUGGUCAGUAAGGCCAGCCAGGAUACGAGCCCUUCCAAAGUGAAGUUUUGUUUCAAUUGGCUUCUCAACCAGACUCAACCAAUCUCACAAAUAUAUUCCAUGUUAGAACAAAAACUGUUAGACAAUGUCUGGAGAAGCCUCAAUACUGGUGAUAAGAGUGGGCUCGAACAAGAAGUUAUUAUCCGCGAGGAGUUGAACGGAGUGGCCGAAAGACUAAACCGCAUCGUUGAGUUCCAUGUGAGCGUUUUCGGGGACAUCUACAAUUAAAUGACUGUUUUAUUGCUUUUGGUUUAUAGAAUAGUAGGCUAGGGAUGUUAGGUUAUGCAUAUUUACAAAAAAUCUAAACUUAUUCAGAAUGACAUACUCUGGCUUAUGAGUUUGUGGGCUGGGAUGGAGUCCGUGGAUCCCAGAGCUGCCAAUCCUACUGGCUUAUCGCGCAAAUAGCGCUGACACCAGUCAACAACGUCGUCCUUGCUGAUAUUAUUCACAAUUUCAAAGAUUUCUUCGGGAGACAAUCUGCGGCCAGUAGUGACCAAUUGACGGCCAAUAUCCUCAGCUAUAGCAGUGGUUCCAUCCAAAGACAAGAGCAAAGAGCCCUUUAGCUGAGACUUUGCUGUUUCCACUUCUUCGAUCGAGAAGUUUCCAUUUCGCAGUCGGCUCCAUUCUCUUAGAAUACAGUCUAUCACUGGGUAGCAUGUCUGUGAUUUAUCUACCACAACAUAUGUUCCCCAAAGGCCUGUGUCGGAGUAAGAUGUGGAGAAUGACAUGAAAGAGUUGCACAAGGGCUCUCCCUGUCCGGAAGCAACAGUUUUUGCUAAAGGCGUAGGAGCAACAUUUGUUGCUCUAUCCCAAUUACCCACGAUAGCUUGUGCAACAAGUGCUUUGAAAUAGUCAUCGGAAGACCACGAGCAGCCCUCCACGCAGAUGGCGAAGUAGGUAUUUGGUAAUGACUCAUCCUUGACCUUAAUUUCUUCACCGUAAAACUUUGGAAGAGCUCCGCGGGGGGUCCCGAGUGGCAAUGGUCUUUCGGACAAAGGCACAUGUCCAAAUGAUUUCUCGGCCAGCUCAACAAGUUGUUCGUGUUCCACCGCACCUGUUCCGACCAAAACCAUCCUAUCGCCCUUGUAGUUGGUUUGAAUGUAGUUUUUCAAAUCGUAUUGCGUGAUAGACUUGAUAUUUUCUAUCGGGCCUAAAAUGGUUCUCCCCAGAGGCUGGCCCUUGAACACAACUUCGUGGAGUCUGUCGAAAACAACCUCGUCGUACAUUUUAUCAACCUCCUCACUUUCUCUGAUAAUCACAGGCCUUUCCUUCUCAAUAGCGGUUUUCUCAAGCUUCGAGCGCGUGAGGAUAUCCGAAAGAAUGUCAACUGCUCUUGGAAUGUCUUCUUUCAACGAUUUAGCAUAAUAAACAGUAUUUUCUCUAGAUGUGUAUGCAUUCAAGUGGGAGCCGCAAUUUUCCACUUCAAGCUCCAGGUUGAGCUGUGUUCUGUUAUUGGUCCCUUUGAAAGCCAAGUGCUCAAGAAAAUGGGCUGUUCCAGAAGUUGAGUCGCUCACAUCUGCUCGAGAGCCGGCAUCGAUCCACACCCCGACGGUGGCGGUCAACGAGUUGGGAAUCUUCUCUGUCGCCACCGUUAGUCCAUUUUUCAGAACUGUGGUUCUUGUUGUGGGUGAGGCUGUUGCAAGGCCACGUAUACCCGCAGGGCGAG